UCCGUGAUGGAUGAGGAGUGACAGAUCGAGGUUAGCCGACAGGGGAGAGCGUUUUCUUCGAGGAGGAGACGCUGGACGCGGGACGUGGAGCGAUCGUCACCCCUCCCCUCCCCUCCCCUCCUCUCUCUCUCUCUCUCUCUCUCUCUCUCUCUCUCCUGCGCGUGUGGGCUUCACCGCAUUGACGCUGCUACUGCCAGCCGACCCAACCCCACACCGCAGAGAAAACACGCGGCCACAGACGCGUCUGGAUAAAAGCGCACCUCCAAGCUUGGAUGCGCAACAAUCCCCACUCUUCUCCUCCGCUGUGGAACCCGCCAUCGAUCAUGUCAACACUUCGGACGCGUGGCUGACUCCGUGCCUAGGCGCGCGCGCGCGCGCGCCGGCCCUGCAAGCAAUUUGGAUAGAAGUUUGCGGCGCUCGCGCGCCGUGGAUGUGGCCGUUUCCCGCAGCUCCUCGCGCCGGUUUCCCCAGCGUGGGAAGGAUGCGCUCGUGACGACCGGAUCUGCGCCUGUGAACCAUGCACAUUCUGCCGCCACGGACUUUCCUCGUGUUAUUAGCCCACGCGCACGUUUUACUCUCUGUGAGAAAUCAUGGAGACGCGCCAAGCAAAGAGAACGGCGACGGCGGCGCGUAUUAUGCGAGGAUUUUCCACGGGUCACUCCAGAACAAAGCGCGAGAGCGCGCGCUCCUGGCCGGGUACGCCACAGGUGCGUCCUCGGCGGUGCCGCAGACGCAGCGCACCAUCAUCAGGGGGACGUUCAAUUCCACGCGGCCCUGGAAGAGGGUCAUCGCGGGGCAAACGAGGCGGAUCGGACACAGCAAACGCGACUCCAACAGGACCGUGACGCCCGCGGAGGAUCCCGCGCGGCACCACAAUAAGAGGAUAAAGUUGAAUGGAGGUGUCAGCAGCACGGGGACGCCAGCAGGCGGGCACUACAAUGCGGCUAAGCCCUCCUCAAUGGACCGGGGAGACGGCGGAGGGGGAGCCGGGGAGAAGAAAGCCUGGAAGAGGGGGAGAAACCGACCCAACAAAAGCGCAGCGCCGCAGCCUCACGCGUCACCGUGGGAACCGUUCCCCAAGCCGGUGGCCCUCACCUCCACCGACCUGCCCUUCGCCCUCUUCACCAGGAGGGCCGACUUCUUCACUUUCAAAGAGGAGAACCCGUGGGACGCCACGCCGAUCACGCCCCCGGGCUCGCAGGACUUCGGCGAGGAAAUCAAGAACCCGUUUUAUCCGGUGACCAGCGAGACUUACGGCGCGUACGCGAUCACGUGCGUGUCCGGAGUUAUUUUCCUGGUGGGGAUAGCGGGAAACAUCGCCAUCCUGUGCAUCGUGUGCCAGAACUAUUACAUGAAGAGCAUCUCCAACUCGCUGCUGGCCAAUCUGGCGGUUUGGGAUUUUGUGCUCAUCUUCUUCUGCCUGCCAAUGGUGGUUUUUCACGAACUGACCAAGUCCUGGCUGCUGGGAGAGUUCACCUGCAAAGUGGUGCCCUAUGUGGAGGUGGCUUCCCUGGGUGUAACCACCUUCACCCUGUGUGCUCUAUGCAUUGACCGCUUUCGAGCGGCCACUAACGUCCAAAUGUACUAUGAGAUGAUCGAGAACUGCACAUCUACUACAGCCAAGCUGGCCGUCAUUUGGAUUGGGGCGCUCCUAUUGGCCUUGCCGGAGCUCCUCAUUCGUCAGCUGGUAUCAGAAGACACAGGAAUCCCAGACAAGCCACCUGUGGAACAUUGUAUCAUCAGGAUUUCGACCUCUCUACCGGACAUGCUGUACGUGCUGGGGUUGACCUACGAGGGCGCUCGGCUGUGGUGGUGCUUCGGUUGCUACUUUUGCCUCCCGACACUUUUCACCAUUGGCUGCUCGUUGGUGACUGCGAGAAAAAUCCGGCUUGCCAAGCAGGCCAGUGUGCGUAGCAACAAGAAGCAGAUCCGGAUGGAGAGCCAGAUGAACUGCACCGUCGUAGCAUUGGCGAUCGUUUACGGUGCGUGUGUUAUGCCUGAGAACAUCUGCAACAUAGUGUCCGCAUACAUGGCGGCCGAUGUUCCUGAGCGCACUAUGUCCAUUCUCCACCUUCUCUCUCAGUUACUGCUUUUCUGCCGAGCCGCCGUGACGCCGGUGCUGCUGCUUCUCUUGUGUCGCCCGCUCGGCAGGGCAUUCUUAGACUGCUGCUGUUGCUGCUGCUGUAACCACGUCCCAUCUUCGGCCACGGCCAGUGAUGACAACGAACACGAGUGUACUACAGAGCUGGAGCUGUCGCCUUUCAGCACCAUCCGCAGGGAGUUGAGUAACUACACACCUGCAGGCUCUAACUGCUAAAGCGACGGUCCUCAUCAGGGAUGGAAAAUUCACUGGCAACCCGUUAGCCUCUGCUUACUAUUUUGUUUGACUGUGAUGGAGAAACGUGGCUGACCUAGUCUACUCAUGACGAUGGACACAGAAUAGUUACAUUCAAUCAGAUUUUGCAGCACUCAUUCCAAAUUUUAGCAUGUACAUUUCCAUUAACAGCAACCCUUUUUGUCCAGGAAUGCUAAUAAAAAGCAGUGUCUUCUUUUAACAUCUACCCUGGGGUGCUCUUUAAACAGGGUAUCUUAGAAUUAACUGUACACUGGUUAUAGUGCUGGGCAUAUGACCAAAAAUUUCUAUCACUGUUUUUAUUGUGAUUCUGACAGAUUCAAUGUGUAUCCCUUGUUUUUAGCUUUGGCAUGACUGGGCCUUGUUCUACUGUCAGUGUCAAGGGUACUUAAGUAUUAAUUUAUCAUUUAUAAUCUCUCUGCCCUCAGUUUCUUCAUUGUCCAUAUCUGCUCAUUCUUGACUCUACUGAAGUGACAGAACCUCUCCAAUCUAAUAUCUCUUUAUGCUAUCUGGCUAGCUAGCAAAGUUUCAAUUUUAAAACUAGUUUUGACUUUUUCAAUGCAGGGCUUUUACUUCAAAGAGUAUUUAUGAAGUUUUAUGGAGUAUUUAUGCUCUUUUUUGUUUUGUCAGUCGACUAGUAGACACUCCUGUCCUGUUGGUGGUAGCAGUGUAUCAACAGGUUUUUCAGCAACCACUAAGCUUGCAAGAAGAAGCGUUAUGCUAACUUAGCUAACAUUAUAUAUUAUUGAUAACCUCUGUAGUAACAUUAUCAGUUUGCUGUUGGACAGUCCC